AUGGCAAUUAGGAAGCCAAACAAGUUGGCACAAGCAAAAGUGCUGAGGCAGAUCCUGAAGAGAUGCUCCAGCUUGGGGAAGAACAACAACAACAACAACAGUGAUCACGACGAUGAAGGUUUCCCUCCGCUCGAUGUCCCGAAGGGCCACUUCGCGGUCUACGUCGGGGAGAAGAGGAGUAGGUACAUCGUCCCGAUCUCGUUCCUGACCCACCCCGAGUUCCAGUUCCUCCUCAGACGAGCUGAGGAGGAGUUUGGUUUCGACCACGACAUGGGCCUCACCAUCCCUUCCGACGUCCCGGCGGGCCACGUCGCCGUCUGCGUCGGCGCGAGCUGCCGGAGGUUCGUCGUCCGGGCGACGCACCUCAACCAUCCGAUCUUCAGCCGCGUCCUGGCGCAGGCCGAGGAGGAGUUCGGUUUCGCAAACGCCGGCCCGCUGCGGAUCCCCUGCGACGAAUCGGAGUUCGAGGAGGUUCUGAAAUUGGUGUCCAGAUCUGAUUCGAUCAGGAGGUUUUUGAAUUUGGGGGAGAUUCAGCGGUGCGCUCACUCUUGUCUCGUCGGGAGGAAUAGGAACGGGGAGUUUGUCGGCGGUGAGUCGAGGCCUCUGCUCCGUGGUUGA